AUCAGGGAGUGAUCGUCGGUCCGUGUAGAGGACGAGCCGCCGCGUCGCUCCAUUGCCGAGCAUUCAGCUUCUCCGUCUCGCUGGAAGGUCGAGAGAGAGGAUAGCAGAUUUAUCAGGACGUGUAUAAGGCAGCUUUAAUUGUCUUUAUCUCCCCGGCCGUGAAGCAUGUUGUUAGUGUGGGCUGUCAGCGCCCUGCUGCUGAGCUGCUGGCGGGCCGAGGCGUCCACAGCGGGUUUCAUCAAAUCUCCCCUGUCUCAGAUGAAAUUCAUCAAUCACAGUGCAGAGUUGUACUGUGAGGUGAUAGGGACUCCCAUCCCUGAGGUGCAGUGGUGGUUGGUACAGGGUCAAGAGCCCAAUGAGACGUACAUCCAGCUGUUUGACGGUGCACAGAAUGAGCGUGUUAGAAUAAAUGCCACAUAUAUAACACAUGCCACCAGCACCAUUCACCUCACCAGCCUUACCAUUGAAGACUCUGGCACAUAUGAGUGCCGUGCUUCCAACGACCCUGACCGCAAUGAUCUGAAGAAGACGCCAAAAAUCAAGUGGAUCCGCUCGCAGGCAAACAUUAUUGUGAUUGAACCCCCUCCCAUCGUUGCUGAACCCAGUGAGGUCGUCAACCAAACGUCUGCUGUUCUCAGAUGCAACUUGACAGAUUCUACCCUUACCAUUAAGGGUUCCCACUGGACCUACAAUGGCAAAGUCAUUGAAGACUCCAAGUCUGAGAGUCCCUCUGGUUACACAUCUCACCAAUUGAGUGACAUCACCUAUCAUCAGAGUGGAUUUUAUGAAUGCGUGUUUGCCACUGAGCCAGAGGUGAAGAGGGUCAUUGAGGUUAAAACAUCUCCCCAUAUCUCAGCCUACAAGCGCUCUGAGCAUGGCAAUGAGAAUGACAAAGGCGCUAUGGUCUGUGUGGGACAUGGCCAUCCGCUGCCCACUGAUUGGACCUGGUACAAAGAGGAGGACGACAACACUCAAAAGGCAAUCAUCAAUGGCACUGGCAACAAAUAUGAGAUAAAGAGCACCCCUAACAAGACUACGCUGACCAUUAAUGACCUGAGCAUUGAGGACGACAUUGGCUACUACACGUGCUCUGGAACAAAUGAACUCGGCUCAAAUUCCGACAAGAUCCACCUGCGUGUCCGCAGUCGCUUGGCUGCUCUCUGGCCCUUCCUCGGCAUUGUGGCUGAGGUCAUCAUCCUUGUGACCAUCAUCUUUAUCUAUGAGAAGAGGAGAAAGCCUGAUGAGGUCAACGAUGAUGAUGACUCAGGAUCUGCUCCUCUGAAGAGCAAUUCUACUGAAAAUCACAAAGACAAGAAUGUGAGACAAAGGAACUCCAACUAGAAGCUAAAUGAGAUGGACAUCUGGAUGGCACUCCAGGAUCCACCUGUUGUGUGGCACAUUAUACUGUGCACCCUGCAAUUUGAAGUACCUUUUUUGUGCUUGGGUGUUACUGUUCUAAGAAACUGAUUUCCCCUUAUUUUAUUUCUUCCACUGUUUGUCCUUCACAUUGUACAGCCAGAUGAACAGUGUGAAAUAGUACUCUCUGCUGGGGGGCUGUGGGGCAAAUAUUGCAUGAGUUUAAAUGCUGAUCUAGCAAAGUGUGUGUUGUUGUAAACUCAGAGUGUUAAUGUGAGGAAUGCAUAGUUUUUGAACUUCUUUUAAUGCUUCCUGCACUGACCUCAGUUUGUCACUUUUUUUUUUCUUUUUUUGGUUUAUGUACUCUAAUUUAGCAUAUUGAAGGAACAUAAGAUCUGUUCAGAGGAUCUAAAACAGUUUUGAUCCUGUUUAAUCACUGCCGUUCCCAUAGGGAAGGGUGGCGUGCAUUUGACUAAAAACAUUUAAUCCGACGUAACGCCACCACAAGCUUUCUUUCCUUUGCAGAGUUUUAUACUUUGCCUUAACAAGCACCAGUUCUCUUGUCUUUUUGUAUUUAGUUGCCAAUUUUAAAUUUUUUAAUUCUGACACUUUAAAUUGUGAAUUAACUAAGAUUUUAUGUCUUUUAGGUUUUCUUGCUGUAAGAAAUAAGUAGGAAUGUUUUUAUUUUUUUUCCCACAUUUUAAAUUAAACUGUUGGUCAAUGUUUUAUAUUGCUGUUUUUACAUCCACAGCAUAAAUCAACUCCUAAGGACCAAGUGCAAGAAAUGUAACUGUUGCAUUUGUUGAAUGCAACUCAAAUUCUGUGCAAAUGUCAAACUGCUGAAAAAAGAUUUGACUUAUUUUUCUUUCACUCCUUGUGAUCUGAAACAAUUGUGUGAUUGUGGGACAGUUGUCUUAUUUUUAUUUCUUUGGUUCUUACUGUGUAGGUAAUUGAGAAGCCAUGUUCAUUUAACCUGAGUAGUGUUGUGAUUGGAUGUUACGUUUCAGAAUUACAGAAAUUUAAAACCUAACCAGAAUGUGUAAAUUGUUGUACCCUCCACCACCAUGGAAUACCACCUCCUGUACAACGUGCACAACUUAAAUAAAGGUAUUAAAAUGGAGAA